AAAUUUGCGCUCCGUUUAAGCUAUCUUCGUGUUUAAAAAACCUUAAAAGCUUCCUAUUUUUCCCUCGACGAAAAAGUUCGAGAGAUGAUCUGCGGAAUCUGAGAGCAUAACGCUUCCAGAAACUUUCAUCGCUUAAAUUAUUCACACUUUGCAUAUUGUUACAGUUUUACCCAAUUAUUAAUUCAAAUAGCGACUAAUGUCAUGGCACACAAAAAGAAAAUGACGUCAAGAAGUUUGUGUGGUGCAAUAAAGGUGCGCCCGCGUUCAUCUCCCAUCAUUCUUUGCAAGGCCAGCAAGGAGGACAGAAGAAAGCAAAUUGACGGGAAAGGAGAGCGACACAAAUCCGCAUGGCGACCAAAGCUGGUAAGAAAGGAGGCAAGAAUCAGCAGAAAGCACCGAAGAAGCCCGAGGAACCAGACUACUUACAAAAGGUGGACCCUAUUUUGAUGAAAAAUGUCACUGAACUCACAGGAGGUCGCAGUAAUCUACAUAUUUUUGUGCCUCUUUGCGGCAAGACGCCGGAUAUGCGUUGGCUGGCAGAACAAGGUCACGCGAUUACAGGUGUAGAAGCUUCUCCUCGCUACAUCAAAGCGUUCUUCCAAGAUUCUAAGCUGGAGUAUACAGUCCAGAAGAAGCAGAUCACGGCUGAAAAGAAAGCAGACGUGUACACGGCGAAAGGCCAGAAUAUUACACUCUACCAUUGUGACAUCUUCAAUUUUUCUCUUGAGGUAGCAGGAGGAAAGUUCGAUGCCAUCUGGGAUCAGUCUGCCAUGCCUGUGAUCAAUGCGAUGGGUAAAACACGACUGAAGGAGUACACCAGCUUAAUGCAGUCGCUUCUUAAGCCAGACGGCCGGCAUAUGGUGGAGAUCUGUAAACACGGGUCUAAUUUUGUGACAGCAAAGAUGUUAAAGUCACUGGUUGGAGAUCAAUGCGACGUGCGUUACAUAGGUACGAGAAUAUGGAAAUACGACGAGGAAGAUGAUGAGUAUGACCCCGAAGAUCACGAACACGAGGACCACGGACACGGAGACCACGAACACGGAGACCACGGACACGGAGACCACGAUGACGAGGAAGACGUGGAGAUGUUCUAUCACCUUAUCACUUUCAAGGAUAAGGGCGCGACAGCUGGAAGGAAGAGGAAAAGUGAAAGGCAGAUGGAAGAGAGAAAAGAAAAGCAACCCAAGCAAACGAAAGGAAAACAACGACAAAAGAAAAGAAGCAAAAAGUGAACGCAAGACAGACGUUGGUUCACGAAUGGCGCCGAAACUUCACUCAGGAACUCUGAAUAACAUAAAAUUAUCUAGAUAAAAAAAGACAAAAGCUAAAAGCAAACGCAAAAACAAGUAUAAGACUGUAAGAGUGCUUCUAAACUGCAAAACUAAGCAAACAAAAAAAAAACCAUAUAAAAACCGGACACUGUAAGAGUCCAUCUCAACUGAUACAAAAACACAAGAGCACACAGACAUGCAAAAAACAAGUAUGUAAAAAAACGGACACUGAAAGAAUGCUUCUCAACUGAGUGUCACAAACCUUAAACAACCUAAUCACUGCAGGCCUAUCACAACAAAGUAACAGAUCACAGAGAGCUGAUAGUCAACUAGCAAACCGCCGCCAAGUCAUGAUUAAAUAUACUCUUUCACCUGAUUGGUUAA